GUGUCGCAUCAUGUCGCUGCUCUGUCUCUUCCUCGGCGGGGCACUUGUGCUCAGUGUUUUGCAACAAGUUCAAAGCAAAUACAUCAACUCAUUUGCUGGCCCGUUCAUUGUCGUCGCGCACACGAUCGAGCCGUGUCCGUCGGACGGAUCAGUGGUGUUGAUGUUACGCCCAAGCCACUUCUACCCCGCCAGACCCUUCGAUCGGCAGACGCUAACGGGGCAGAUGUGGUCAAAGCACAAUCUGACAGACAACCUUUUGGCACAUGUCGACAUGGCUGUUCGAUCAAACAAUCAGUGGAAAGACAACGCUUUUGUCUUCAAGUUCCCCAAUUCGGGGUGUUCCGUCUUGAGAGAUCAUCUGCCAGACAUGUGGCGCAUCAUGGGACACGUCGUCGUGAAAAACGAGUCAGUGAGCUGGACGUUCCCUCACUUUCCAGUGAUGCCCUACGGCCGCUACAAGUUCCGAGUCGUAACACGCUUCAUGAACAAGGCCGCAGCCAUUCCACUUUCCUGUUUAACAGUCGACUGUGAAAUAAUACCGAAGCCAACUGUAGAACCAAAACAAUGA